GUUCGGUUAUAUUAUUGUGAAAAAUAAUAUUAUAAUGGUUUUUGAUAUUAUUAUUAUUGUAGUGUUAUCAUUUCUAUUUUUAAUUUAUUUAUGGUUUAAAUAUCGUUUUACAUAUUGGAAAAGAAAACGAAUUCCUUAUAUAAAACCAAUUGUACCUAUUGGAAAUUUAAAGGAUGCUGGUAGAACAAAAACAAUUGGUAUUCGUUUAUAUGAAUUAUAUAAAGAAGGAAAAGAAAUAAAUUAUCCAUAUGUUGGAAUAUUUGCAUUCUUUACACCUAGUCUUUUAGCUAUAGAUAUUGAUUUCAUAAAAACAAUAUUAAUUAAAGAUUUUCAAUAUUUUACGGAUCGUAAUGUAUAUUAUAAUGAAAAUGAUGAUCCAUUGUCAGCACAUUUAUUUAGUAUUGAAGGUGUUAAAUGGAAAAAAUUACGUACAAAAAUGACACCAACAUUUACAUCUGGUAAAAUGAAAUUUAUGUUUCCAACAAUUGCUACUAUUGGUGAACGAUUUGGUGAUACAUUAGAAAGUAUGCUAUGGAAUGAGAGUAUACCAAGUAAAAAAACUCUUUUAGAAAUGAAACAAUUAUCAGCACGUUAUACAACAGAUGUAAUUGGUACUUGUGCAUUCGGUAUUGAUUGUAAUAGUUUAAAAGAUCCAAAAGCAAAAUUUCGUAUGAUUGGAAAAAAAUCAUUAGAAAAACCAAGAAUGACUGUACCAUUAAGAUUAUUAUCAAGUCAAUUUCCUAAUUUUGCAAGAAAAUUACAUAUAAAAACAGAACAUGAUGAUGUUAGUGAAUUUUUUAUGGGUGCAUUAAAAGAAACAAUUGGUUUUAGAGAAAGAAAUGAUGUUCGAAGAAAUGAUUUCCUUGAUAUAAUGAUAAGUUUAAAAAAUUCUGAUAAUGAAGAUGAACGUAUUACAUUUGAAGAAAUUGCAGCUCAAGCAUACAUAUUCUUUUUAGCUGGAUAUGAAACAUCAUCAAUAACAUUAUCAUUUUGUUUAUAUGAAUUAGCAUUAAAUGAAGAUAUACAAUGUAAAGCUAGAUCGGAAAUAACAAGAGUUUUAGAAAAAUAUCAUAAUAUUUUAACAUAUGAUGCUGUUACGGAAAUGAUUUAUGUUCAACAAAUAAUUGAUGAAACACUUCGCAAAUAUCCACCAGCUACAACACUUCAACGUAAAGUUGCAGAAGAUUAUAAAGUAAAUGACACAAAUGAUGUUAUUGAGAAAGGACGAAAUAUUAUAAUUUCAAUUUAUGGAAUUCAUCAUGAUCCACAGUAUUAUCCUGAUCCAGAAAAAUUUGAUCCAGAUCGUUUUUCAAUUGAAAAUAAUCAGAAGAGAAUACCAUUAACUUACAUCCCAUUUGGUGAUGGUCCAAGAAAUUGUAUUGGAAAAAGAUUUGGUAAACUUCAAACAAGUAUUGGAUUGAUAUCACUUUUGAGUAGAUUUAAAUUUACUAAGUCGGAGAAAACAAUUGAACCAUUGAAAUUUUCACCAAAAAGUUUUAUAUUAUCGCCAGUUGGUGGUGUUUGGUUGUAUGUUGAGAAAAUUUACCAAAGUACAGAACUUUAGUUUUAAUUUUUUAAUUGUAAAAUUUUUGUAAAUUUACACAAUAGUUUUAAAUAUUUUUAAUACUUAAUUUAUUUAAUUUGCAAAUUUAUUUUUUGAUGUAAAUAAAUUUGUCUAACAUUAUUCUUCAGAAAUGUUUCAUUAUUAUAAAUAUAGCGUCUUGUUAAUAAUAUAGCGACAAAAAGUGAUAAUAGGCGAAAUUGUUAAUAAUAGACAAAAUAUAUUUUUAUUUUAUUACGUAGGUUAGGAAAA